GGGGAUUUGGCUUUUUUUCUCUUUUGGCUAUUUACUGUACAUGUGCACUACAUGAUGAGAAAGCUACCUUAGACCUUUUGUUCACUACUAUAGAAUAGGCCUUUUGCCACGCGUCUAUUAUUACCACAACAUGGAACCGUGGUUAAAGUGGGUAUGUAGCACAAAUAUCACGGUUCUGUCUCCAAUCGUGGCAAUUGAAGAGUUCUAAUACAACGGUUCACAUUUAACCGUGGUAAUAGAUCUGAAACCCUAUUCCGCAAAAUAUUCCUUCGAGCCACCCUCUCUUUAGCAAUUUUGGGUGUUACCUGUUAGGGUUUUGCUUUCAAGCUCAACACCCAAUCUAAUAUCUAAAAGAUUGAAACACACGCCCACCUUAUCUCUCUCUCGAAGAACCGCGCUCACCCUCCAACGUGGCUCCGGCGAAGGUGCUCCCUGACGAACGUUGCUCAGGCGAAGGCGCUCUUCUAUGUCUUGUUUGGUGUCUUUCUUGGUCUGUCGAGCCCCCAAAUCGUUCGAGCCCUCAAAUCUCAACUCUGAUCUCUCUGGUCCGUCGAGUCCCCUCCGUCCAUCGAGCCUCUCCUCCUCCUCCGCGUGUGCUCUGCUUCUCCAUAGAGCUCUCUUCCUUUCGAGCCUAGCAGGUUUAAAAUGUUUGCCAAAUAUGUGGGCUACUAAUGGUAGUGCUUCUCAAGGCCAAGGGAGAUACUUCUUAUUUUGAAAGUAUGUGGAAGGAAGGUGAAGAAGAAAUCUUUAUUAUAGAUAUUAUGCCUGGUUCGAAGAAGGGAUCAAAGAUAACAUUUCCCAAAAAUGCAAGCGAAACAACUCAUGCUAGAGAUACCAUAUUUGUAUUGGAUGAAAAGCCCCAUGCUUUUUUCAUGAGGGAUGGAGAUGAUUUGGUUUUGACCUAUAAAAUCUCUCUUGUAGAGUCUCUCACAGGAAUGACCCUCCAUGUACCAACAUUAGAUGGAAGAGAUAUGAAAAUUGAGGUGCCAGAUAUUGUCACACCAGGUUAUGUGGGGAUGGUUCCAAACGAAGGAAUGCCUAUUAGAAGGGAAGCUGGGAAGAAAGGAAACCUGUAUAUGAAGUUUGAUAUAAUGUUCCCAUCAACCAGGCUUACGAUGCAGCAGAAGUAUGAGCUAAAUAAGAUACUGAAUGGAACUUUUGAUUAGUUAAAUCUUUAUGCCUUUCAGCUCUUUUUCUAGUUUAUCUAAACUAAUUAUGUAGUUAAUCAUCAUUGACAUUUUAAUUCAUAGAUAUAUGGAUAUGAAUAUGCUGAAUCUGGCUA